AUGGGGUUGAGUCAAACCUCCAGCAUCACCCCAGACAUCAGCUUGCUGGCGGCAGUUGUGGCGAGCAACCAUCUCAACACGUCAGGCACCUCGCACACCUCGUCACUCCCUCUGCCUUCAUGCAGUAUCGAUGAAUCCUACAAAUAUGUCUUCCUACCCGUCUGCUACUCGCUGACCUUCCUUUUCAGCCUUACCCUCAACUCAGUGGUGCUCCUGCGCUCCUGCUGCCAUCAUGGACGACGCUGGAACACUUCACUGAUCUAUAUGGUGAACUUGGCCACCACUGACCUGAUGUACGGCCUGUCUCUGCCCUUCCUGGUGGCAAGCUAUGUGCUGAGGGACUGCUGGGUGUUUGGGGACUUCAUGUGCCGCCUCGUACGCUUCCUGUUCUACUUCAAUCUCUACUGCUCCAUCUUCUUCCUUACCUGCAUCUCUGUGCACAGGUAUCUGGGGAUCUGUCAUCCAAUGAGGACCAUCACACUGGAAAGUAAGCGGGUGGUGAAGGGGAUCUGCGCAUUAGUUUGGGUGGUGGUCUUCAUUCUCACCUGCCCCAUCUUCAGGUUCGCCCAGACCGGAUACGUUAGGCGCAGAGCUGGUGAGGCUGUUGAGCCUGGAGAAGGGAGCGAUUAUGGGAACAGAACUGAAGACCAGUUCGGCGAGGAGUACAUAAACUGCUGGGAUGAUGCCAUAGAUAAGGAGUUUGCAGACUACGUCCCAUAUGGCAUUGUUCUCCACCUUCUAGGUUUCUUUGUGCCCUUUGUCAUCAUUGCCUGGUGCUACUCCCAUGUGGUCCGGACAAUAUUUCAGACCCUGCGCUCUCCUCCCAGUUCAAUAGAGGGUGGCGAGGAUGGACCGGUGAGUGACGGGUCUGUGGAAGGAGUUCGAGGACGCGAGAGAACCUCCGUCUCUAUUUCUGGCUCACAGUACUCACACUACAUCCGCCGCCGGCGGAAAUCCAUUAAAACCAUUGUCACUAUCACACUGCUGUUUGCACUCUGCUUCCUACCCUUCCAUGUGACUCGCACGCUCUUCCUGCUCCUGCGGCGGGCACAGCUUGGCGGCUGCAAUGCCAUGAAGACCGUCUCCAUCUGCUACAAGGUCACCAGACCUUUGGCCUCCUGCAACGCAUGGCUCAAUGCUCUGCUCUACUUCCUCACGGGCGAUAAAGGUGGCCCCAGCUGCUGGCCAGCCAAACGCACCAUCCAUCGAGACCGCCGGAACGGCUCCCUCUGGUGGCCGCUGAAGAUCCUCAAAAGAGAUGGAGUGGGAGAAGACGAUCACGAGGUGGCCGAGAGGGUUGAAAGGGAGGUGCACAUAGAGAACGAGUCCAAGUCCUCCAGAGUUAUCUUCUAG